AUGAAUGAUUCAAUCAGAAUUACUAGAGGUAUACCACAUAAUAUUCAAAAUUUUGGGGAUUUUCCCUCAUUUGAUUUGUGUAUUACCCAAGGGUUGCUCGAAAAUGUAGGAUCUGCGGCUAGAAUGGCACAAGAGAGCUCUUCCAAAAAAAAGAGGGUUUUGUGGUCUGAAACCCCUGAUGAUCAAGGAAAAGAUAGAAGUGAUGAAGUAUUACUUUCUGUCGAUGAAGAGGCAAGUGAAUUUUACGUCAAAGAUCAACCAACAAAAGCUCCACAUAUCCAAUGUGUCUUUAACAAUGGCAUAAAAGCUGACUUGAUUAGAAAUUUACAUGAGCAUGUAUAUAAUGUAUUUCGCGAGAGCACUUGUUUUGGUAAUUACAUGCAAAUGCAUGGAUGUUGUGCACGCGGACAAAUACAUAGGUGUUGCAUGGCUUUGGAACUCAAUUGUAGUUCUUGUCGAGCAUUUGUCAUGCGUGUCAAUGGAUCUACGCUUCGUUUCACUUUAAGAGAAUUCGCUUUGAUUAGUGGAUUAAACUGUGUUAGCGAAGAAAAAGAUUUCAUUUUUGAUACAACAGAACCAAAUAGGUUGAUGGAACAAUAUUUUCAGGGUGUUAAGUUGAUCAGAAAAGUAGAUAUAAUGGAGAGUUUUGAGGCAAAAGUGUGGGGUGAUAACGAUCAGGAUGGCUUGAAGUUUGCCAUAUUAUUCUUCAUCCAAACAGUUAUUUUCUCAGGUGAAAGAGUUACCAAAAAAGUUCCUAGAUUACAUUUUGAUCUGGUUGAAAGCGGUACGUACAGUCAGUUUCCAUGGGGUAAAAAAUCUUUCUACUUGUUGAUGAAGAGUUUGAGCAAGAAGAUGGAUAGUGAAAAACAGUUUUACAGAAUCGGUGGCAUGCCUAUUGUCAUUCAAGUAUGGUUAUAUGAGUGCAGUUCAAGUAUUGACUUUCAAGUUGCUCAAAAGGUUGAUGACCACAUUCCGAGGUUACUCAACUGGCAGACGGCCAAAGAGAUUCCGAGAUACAAGAAACUAAUGAAGACCAUAUUCAAUGAUGUUAAUAACAAGGUAUAUUACCUGCAUACUUUGGUUACAUUAACUUUCUGGGAUACAUAA